UUGCAGAAAUUUUGUAAAAAAUAAAAAUGUGCUGUGGUUGAGUGGAAACAAUAGUGCCAGUACCAGGAUGUGCAGGAUUUUGAAUUUUACUGCUGAAUAUCUUCUUCCCAGGAGUAGGAACAAUGCUCAGUUCAUGAAUGGGCAGAGACGGAUUCGUACCAGUCCAAUGCUUGAUCGGAAUUCUACAACUAAUCUUAACCCCAGGUCUUAUCGGUUGGAUCUGGUCUAUAUGGUGGGGAUGUUUGAUCAUGAGCAAAUCAGAUAACUCAGGGCCGAGAGGCGGGCAUUAUUCGCGAGCAUAAUUAUCUUCAUUAUUAAAGAUUCU